AUGCUGGGUGAAUCAUCCCUUCCUGGACCAUGCGUCUCCCAGAGCCUCUUCUCCCCACUCAGCUCCAAGUUCAGGGCUGGGCUAGCUCCAGGCCCUAGAGGGGCUAACCAUGUCUCCUCUCCUUUCUCUUCCCUCUACAGCUAUCAGCACCCACAGCCCCCCUGCCCCCUGGAGUGGAGCCGAUGCCAUUCAGAGCCACACCUGGCCCUGCUGGGGCCCCGCCUGGGGCUAACCCGGAGGAGCUCUGAGCCCACCUACCUGCCUUCUGCGGCUGUGGGUCGGAGUUUGGCCCCGGCCUGGCGGGGCACCCAGCCUAGGCUGGGCAGUCCAGCUAACAAGGUGGAAGAUGUUGGUGGCAGUUCCUGGAGGCCCCUGUUUCUUCCAUCUGCUGACAAGGAUCACAGCUACUCCCAGGAGUCUCAGCCAAAGUCAGACCUUGCCAAGGAGCUUGUGGCCUCACUUCAGAGCCUGGACCUUGAGGAGGAGCAGGACAGUCAGGACGUAGUAUGUGGCAUCUGCAUGGAAAAGGUGUGGGGCAAGCCAGAGGCUGAGCGGGUUUUUGGCAUCCUGCCCAACUGCUCCCACUCUUACUGCCUGGGCUGUCUUCGCACCUGGCGCAUGAACCGGCAGGACUUCUCACUCAACAUCAUCAAGGCCUGCCCCCAGUGCCGUGUCCAUUCCAGCUACGUCAUCCCCCACAAGUUCUGGGUGAGCAAGGGGCCCCAGAAGGAACAACUCAUCCAGAGCUUCAAAGCCCGAACCAGCCAAAUCCGAUGCCGGUUCUUCAUGCGGGGGAAUGGCCGCUGCCCCUUCAAGUCUGACUGCAUCUACAUGCACCAGCUCCCUCCUGAGGCCUCGAUCGCUGGUCCUGCCUGGCCUGAGAGUGUGCAGCUGGCCUCUGGGAGUGAGGUGGUAACAGCAGGGAUAUGGGGCAGGGGAGGCUGCUGGUCAUGGCUUAUAGCCCCUGCAAUACAUGCAAAACCUCUGUAUGAUGUUAAUGGUGCUGGCUUAGAUAUGGCAUCUUUGUUCCAUGUACAGCCUGCCCAAGCUGACACAUCACCCUUGAGUUCCCUGUUUCUGGGACAGUUAGAGUUGAAGCUGAUGGGUGUUCCCUGACUUCUCUCUCCACUCCCAGGCACUGAGUCCAGCAGCAUUCCUAGGGGCCUCUGAGCUGGAGGACAAAGUGGUCUUCACGGAUUAUGCCCUGGCCAUGGCCUUCUGGGGUUCAGA